UAUGGCAGUUUGGUGGCCCUGCUACGUUGUAUUAUGUGGUGUUGUACGUCGUGGCAAUACUCUAGCCGGGAAACGAAACUUUCCUAAAGGAAAGUAUACGUUCGCGCGUACACGAAGAAAGAAACAAUUUCUUGAAACGAUUUUUGUCAUAAAUGUCAUGUUAGCUCGUUGUGAAUGUCAGGCACAAUGAGCUUCUCGAGUGACGAAGUCAAUUUUUUGGUUUACCGAUAUCUUCAGGAAUCGGGAUUUCAACAUUCUGCGUAUACAUUUGGCAUAGAGUCUCAUAUAUCACAAAGUAACAUUAAUGGAGCUUUGGUACCACCAGCAGCACUUUUAUCAAUACUACAGAAAGGAUUACAAUACACUGAAGCAGAAAUUUCCAUUGGUGAAGAUGGUACAGAACAAAGAAUGGUUGAGUCUCUAUCACUUAUUGAUGCUGUUAUGCCUGAUGUUGUGGCAUCGCGACAGAAUCAAAUUAAUCAACAGAAACAACAAUUAAAAUCCGAAGGUCAAGAUACAAAUGGCGAAGAAGUUGCUACAUCUAACGAAGGCGUAAAUAAUACCGAGAGAGGUGGAGAGAGAGGAACAGAGAUGGAAGUUGAUGAUUCAACAAGCGGAGGAAAUGCUGGUGCCAACACCAGUGCUGUGGAAAUUCCAGCAAGUAAAGCCACCAAGUUGCGUGGACACGAGUCUGAAGUUUUUAUAUGUGCGUGGAAUCCUACAACAGAUCUUUUAGCAUCUGGAUCAGGGGAUAGCACUGCUCGAAUAUGGGAUAUGUCUGAUAAUUCGCAAGCACCUAAUCAGUUAGUACUGCGCCAUUGUAUUCAGAAAGGAGGUACUGAGGUUCCGAGCAAUAAAGAUGUUACAUCGUUAGAUUGGAAGUGUGAUGGCACGUUACUCGCAACUGGCAGUUACGAUGGAUACGCACGUAUUUGGACAACUGAUGGGAGACUUGCAUCUACUUUGGGUCAGCAUAAAGGACCAAUUUUUGCAUUAAAAUGGAACAAACGUGGCAACUAUAUUCUGAGCGCUGGUGUUGAUAAAACGACCAUCAUUUGGGACGCCGAGAGCGGACAAUGUACACAACAGUUUAGUUUCCAUUGCGCACCUGCUUUGGAUGUAGACUGGCAAACAAACACAUCGUUCGCUAGUUGUUCCACGGAUCAAUGUAUACAUGUAUGCAAACUGAACGUGGACAAACCGAUCAAGAGCUUCCAAGGACACACCAAUGAAGUAAAUGCAAUCAAAUGGGAUCCCCAAGGAAAUUUGUUGGCCAGUUGUUCGGACGAUAUGAGUCUGAAAAUUUGGUCAAUGAAGCAGGAUUCUUGGGUACAUGAUCUUCAGGCACAUAGUAAAGAAAUUUACACUAUUAAGUGGUCACCAACUGGUCCGGGAACGCACAAUCCAAAUAUGAAUCUAACGUUAGCUAGCGCUUCAUUCGAUUCCACUGUUAGAUUGUGGGACGUUGAAAGAGGCGUUUGUAUACACACACUUACAAAACAUACCGAACCAGUAUACAGCGUGGCAUUUAGCCCUGAUGGCAAGUUCCUAGCCAGUGGUAGUUUUGAUAAAUGUGUUCACAUCUGGUCAACUCAGAGCGGACAGUUGGUGCAUAGUUAUAAGGGCACUGGGGGCAUUUUUGAAGUUUGUUGGAAUAGUCGAGGUGAUAAAGUCGGCGCGUCGGCAUCCGACGGCAGUGUAUUUGUACUCGAUCUUCGUAAACUAUGAUUAAUUUUAUAUUAUAGAAUAUAUCUUUCAUUCAAUCGACGAUUUUGCUAUGAAAUAAUUUACUCAAAAUUUACAUUAGCAGCUCGGUUUUUAUUUAGAUUCUGUCAUGUACUUUUGCAACAUAUAAUACUGUCAUAAGCAGAAAAGAUUCAUUUAUCAAUGAUUUUACAAAUAAACGAUUGAAUAUUAUACUAUAUCAGCAAUUAACAAACAGUAACAUUUGCAAUUUUCGUUGCAGUAAAGUACAAAAAGAGUGACCUGUUUUUACUACAAUGAAAGUUGAAGUUUAGUUAUUAAGAUAUUUGAUAUAUAGACUGAUAGAGAUUUCAUAAGAUUUCGUACAAGAAUAUCUUUGAGUAUAUAUUUGGAUAUUAAUUAGUCUAGCUUUUGCACUCGAGUUUUUUUUCAAAAACAUGCAAUUUAUAAUUUUGACAAAAGUUUUCUUGUUAUCGAGUUCAAACUUCGUUUGAUCGUUUGAGCUGUUAAUACGUCGAAUUUCAGGUUUGCUGAAUGGUUUGAUUUGCGUAAAAAAUAAUAUAUUUUGCCUCUUGGUACAUAUGAGCUUUAAAAUUAAAUGACUUAUUUUUAAAAGAAAGU